CUCAUGUGGGUGAAAGGAACGUUUGCAAUUUCUGUGUCCGUACUCCGUAGUUGUGAUUUUCUAAACGAAUCUAGUAAAAUAAGCUAUCGGAUUUUUAGAGGGCUAAUCAAUUUGUGCUAGAAACCUAUUUUAAUCUACACUUUGGGGGAACGGCGGGGGGCGGCAGGAUGGGCGGUUGGUUGCUGGAAGUGGGCAAGAUGGCCCUGUACAUGGCGUUCCCCGUCGGGAUGUUCCACUUCUUCAACCAGCCCGAGUACUUCGAGGAGUGGGUGGUGAAGACGCGGCGCGCCAUAUUCCCCCCCGACAGCAAGACGCACCGCGAGGAGCUGGAAGCGUGCAUGCGCCAGAUGCAGCAGAGGCGCGACCGGGAGCUGAUGCGCCAGCUGGAGGAGAGCGACGAGUCGUAAGGUGCGGCUGUCGCUCUUCCCUGUAGCUGCUCACGUACGAUUCACCGGCUCACCUCUCCCAGGGGUUCGCUCGCUGGCAGUCGUAACCUCUUUGAUGCACGCCUUUCUCAGGAACUUUAACAGGUUUUAUCAGGGUCUUACUGUCUGUUUUUUUUUUUUUUUUUUUUCCUUUUCGGCACAGUGUGCUUCUUUGUUCUAAACUCGUCCCUUUCUCCAGUUGCUAUAGUCUCUCUCACUAUUAGUUUGCAGUAUAGAGUAAAUGGCGUCCACUGUUGCCAGAUUCAUACCACCCGGCUUGUUAACAUUAUCAUUUUUAUAUUUUAUAAAUAAUUUUUUUGCCCUCAAUUUUACUGUGUUGAUUUUUCUAAGACCAUAUUGACAAUAAUAUUACACUUGCAUUUGUUCUUAAAGGAAAAGAAAAAAAUUCUAAACACCAAUAAUUAUUUCACAAGAAAAACUAUUUGUAGUAGUCAGUCAUUAUUAAUAAUAAGACUUUCAUUAACUGUGUACCAUGGCCAAACAGUAAAUUAUUAAUUAUAAAUUAUAUAAAAAAAUUGAUUGCAAUUAAGAAGGCAUCUUUUAGUUACUUUUCUCAAAAGUAAGAAUUAAAUAUUAUCAUAUGAUGUUCUCUAUGAUAUAUAACAAGAUAAUUAUUUAAAAAAUUCUCAUUCCAUUUUUUUUUUUUUUUUUUUUACAAUUAGGUAGAUUUCUAAGAAAUACUAUCUAUUGUAGCCGCUACCAUGGUGCAACUUAAAGAAAAUAUUUAUAUAGGUUUUUUUCCAUCAUCAACCCAAAAGUUUAUAUAUAAUAUCAAUAUAUGGACACAAUAACUGCUGUCUUUUUUUCAAAACUCACUUCCAAACUGGUACAUAAAAUAUAAUCAUGGAAAAUCUUGGUCAAGUUCGUUAAUGGGUAAAAUUCCACUAAAGGGUUAGAAAUGGGUAAGAUUUUUUAAAAAACAAAAAUAUUGCUAACUCGCAUGAUAUGAAAAAUAUCACAUCCGUUUGAACGUAUUAUAACUUGUAGGAGUGAUACCAAAAACUUUUAUCUAAAUACAAUUUUUGUACCACUAACCAUAAGUGCAAAGAUUGAAGAAAAGAAAAAAAAAAUGUCGGCACAACAUUGAAAGCGUUCAAAUUGUUUGUAAAUGUAAUAAUUUUUAUCUAAAACUUAUGUCAGGAAAAAUUUUUGAUUAGGCAAACCAUUGCUGAAAGGGGUUGAACAAAACAAGGCUAGAAUUGAAAGAAAAAAAAUUCAUAAUUUCCAUAUAUUGUACACCAUUAUUAUAUCAUUCUUAUUUAUUGUAAACACUUAAAAUGUUAUCUAUAACGUAUGAAAUAAUUUUUUUAUAUGACCUGGAACUCAAAUUAAAACAUUAUUUAUGUAUACAGAAAUUUCAAUGAAAAUCUCUUAUCUGCAAUCAUCGCUGUAUUUUUGCUGGAAAAUGUUGUAGUAUUCUGUAUGUAAUAGAUAUUUGGUGUAAAUUAAAACAUAUUUGAACAUUUA